GAUGGAGGCCCAAGGUAGAAAGGCCAGGACAGCAUCUCAGCAUUUAAAGCCCGCAUGGAAGCAGAAUGCACAAAGGAGAAUAAGAAAUAGCCAGAGCAGGAGGAGGGAUCCUGGGCAAGGGGAGCAUCCUGGGAACCAAGAGAGGCAAGGGUUUCAACAAGAUGAGUGGUCAGUAGUGUGAAAUGCUGCAGAGGACCUCUGUACCAUGAGAUUUGCAGGAAUCCACUGGCUGGGAAAGAGCAGCUUUAGGCGAAUAGUGGCAGUGAGGAAGUCAAUGUCACUGAAAUUGGGAGGAAUAGCUGCCCAUGAGCGGGCUUCACCUCUGCCACCCAUAUGGAAGCCAGAAGGAGCUGGACUCCCAGAAGUUGGCUGUGCCCACCUGUGAUGAUGUUGCUGGUCCUUACCUCUCUGCUCAGCUCCAGCGAGGCCAAGGUCUAUAGUCGCUGUGAGCUGGCCAAAGUGCUCCGGGACUUCGGCCUGGAUGGCUACCGGGGAUAUAGCCUGGCUGACUGGGUCUGCCUUGCUUACUUCACAAGUGGCUUCAACACGGGUGCUGUGGGCCACGAGGCAGAUGGAAGCACCAACAAUGGCAUCUUCCAGAUCAACAGCAGGAAGUGGUGCAAAAACCUCACCCCGGACUCCUCCAACCGGUGCCAGGUGUACUGCUCUGACUUGCUGAACCCUAAUCUCAAGGUUACUGUUAUCUGUGCCAUGAAGAUUGCCCAAGAGCCCCAGGGUCUGGGCAACUGGGAAGCCUGGAGGCAUCACUGCCAGGGCAAGGAGCUGAGCUACUGGGUGGAUGGCUGUGACUUCUAGGACCCUCUCUGGAUGCACAGUAGUCUGGGAAAUGUGGCCCAGGCUUGGGAAGACAAACCAAUUAAUAAAAUAAAGUUCAACACGAGCGUGGUUCUCA